CGUAGCUAAGAGUGGAUGUAGGGUUUCGAUCAACGCAAAUGUUGGAAGUGACAGCUUCACGCAAGCACAAGAUUUAGAUGUAAGCAUUCCGACUACAUCAAGAUCACGUCCAAUGGUGAAAUACGCUGAAGUGACAUUCGAUCCACCUGUUUCGCUAAAGAAUGUAGCACCGACACUGAUCCACAUUCCAACUCUCUUUGAAGAUAGCUAUGUCGUGCCAAGAUAUAGACGCAUAGCAAUCACGCGCUAUUUUAUCAACYUAAUCAUUGGGAUUAGUAACUAUAUCGAAAAGGUUUUAUGGAUCGUGGAAAAUUUCCUACAUAUUCAUUUGGGCAGGGUCAGAAUCACACCGGUUUACAAAGGACGGAGCUCUAUAGAUGAUAAUUCUCCAGAAUGGAGGCUCGGCCUUGCAUUCAGUGGACAUUGCAACCUAUUUGGUGUCUUCCCCAUACCAUUCAUCAACGUGAUUCUUCCAACUUUUAUCAUUCCCCAACCUCACGCUCUGUUGGAGUACUUAAUGUCCAAACAACCCCUUGCAACAGCAAAAAUAAGACGAGAAAACAUAGCGGAGCAAAAGCUUACGAUUGCAGCCCUCGACAUGAUAGACACCUGGAAUUGCCAACUGGAACUAGUGGCAACACCUCCUGCCGUUGGGAUCGAUUUAACUAUGCCAGGCGGUGUAUCGUUAGGUCUGGAGUUUAUGCACGGUCGUGAUUCUGGUGCUGGAAAAAGUCGUGAUAACUUCAGCGAAGUGCUUACACCUGGUGAAAGGCUUACAAGAUCAUCGGCGUCGAGAACCUCUUGGACAUCAAACGAUAGAAGUGACAGUGCUUUCGGGAACAACUACUUUUCACCUUCUUCAUCUAAAACAGGUGCAUUACCCUUCAAUGCCAAUAAGCUUGUUCCCUGGAAAGUUGAAUUGAGUGCUAAAGGAAGCAUGAAAAAAGACAAAAUAUCUCUAUAUAUUCAACRUUGUUCUUUUCGCCAUGACGAUCCAUCGUCACCGAUACCCGCCGAAAGUCAAAUAUUGGUAAGGGGGAGUUUUGUGGUUUGGAAGGCUACUCCAGAGGCAGGUUCGAGUAACCGAAACACCGGRAGAUCAUUAUAUGAUCGCCGGACCUUUGCUCAUCGAGCCGCACUAGCAGCCAGCGGAAAUGACUGCYCCUCGGUUGCCGCUAUGCUGCUUUUCCCACAAGACUUAGAGUCUUUUCAUCAAGCCACACGUUUACUGCAGUAUGAUUUUGCUUUCGAUUCCGAAGACUCGAGAAUCGACGCAGUUACGUUUUCUGUUGGUGCAAGCCAUCCUAUGCUGAAUGGAGGUAGUAUGGUUACGACAAUUUUUGAGUCCAUUUAUGCCUCUGGUAGUGUCACCGCUCGAGAAAAUGCAACUUUGGAUCCAAUCGAAAUCAAACGAAAAAGGAAUGUAUUGAAGCAUCUUCCUGCAGUGGAUUUUACUUUUGGUGUUCAAAAUGGAUUCAUUCCACCAGAAAGUAAUAGUUAUAUGGACGAUGGGCAGACAAGGACACUUCCAAGGAUGGAAGGUGCUCGCCUCGAGGUUCAGAUUCUUGGUGGAAUUGAUCGYCUAAAAGAUGAUAUGGAGAAUGAAUUGAAGGAAGAUUUUGGUAAACGUGGAAUCGGAAAGGAAAAUAUCGUUGAAGGCAUUCAAGUUAUCGCUGACUGCGUUGUAUCAUCGAUCAUUCUUGAUAGCGAGACAAAUGUCAAGGAGUUUCCUGAGUUGGAGAUUUUUGAGGGAACUAAAUUACGAGCAUAUACUUCAGGCAAACUUGGUGGUAAUGUCAAAUGCCAUCUCAAACCACAGAAGUUGGCUAAAUCAGUAACGAGCACUGGUCCAAACCUAUUCAACCCACUUGAAGCUUACGAAAUUGACUUUUCUGGAUGUGACUUUUCCGUCCGACUUCGGGAAUCGACAACAUCUCUGGGUCACCGACGUGUCAUCAUUCCAUCCGAAACUACUGUUAAGAUUAGAGUAGUUGAGUCUAUCGUUGACAUGAGUAUGGAAGGGAAAUCUGAGUUGGAAAUUCUUUGGGAUUUCCAAGGUUUAAGCCCGAUACUUCAGGUGACAGAAGUGGGMUUAGAACCCGAAACAGUAAAUCACGAAAACAAAGAACAAGUGUCAUUGCUCAUAGCUCCGUUACGUCAAGGUCGAUUAAGUGCAAAAAUUUCGCAGGUCGGUGGUGUAUCAAUCGAAAAGGCAGCAACUAGUCGCGAGGACAAGGAGGGUUUGUAUGAUUGGAAAUUCUUCAACGCGCUGGUAUCUCCCAAUCCGGACCCAGAAGCUUCUGCUAGGCUUCUUGAUGUUAUCCAUGAUAAACGUUCCAUGAGGAAACUUUUACAGGUCGUGCGACUCAUCAACAAUGACAUUUAUAAGCUUCUUGACUUUAUUUUUACAAGGGUAUGGAGAUUGAAAGAGAUAAUGGAUCAAGAGGCUGUUUCUGAAGCCAAAGAUAUUAUUCCUGGUCACAAAAUGGCCAGACUUUUCUCUCUUGCUUUAUGCGAAGAUCUAAGWGAAGUUCCAGAAUGCCUCAGAAUCAUUCGACGUGUAACUGCAGGUGACGGUCUUGACGUUGUCGCUGUCAAAGAACUACUUAGGAAGUAUGCGGGCAUUUAUGAUAAUUGGACGCCUGAAAUUGACCGAGGAGUGCGUAUGCUCGAAGUAAUGUUUAAUCCUACACCGGCAGAACCUUUUUAUGUCGAGGAUCAUAUCACCCCUCUCGCCCUACUUAGUGAAUAUUCUUCGAGAUUUCGGAGAAUACCCUCUGCUGCCGAUCUCUAUGAUCAAAUACACGACCGCCCUGAUCUUCCACUCGAUAGAAAAUUUUCUAAUUUGGUUGGUCGAAUCUCUCCUUAUCUCAGUUUUCGACAGAUUGAACAUUUAUUGAAGGUGAGAGACAAGAAAGAUUGGCAAUCAUCUGAUUUGAAGCGACUUAGAUAUGUUUAUUCUAUCAAAAGAAAAGUGAUGGACAUUGCAGAAUCCUACGGAGGACUAUCCUUUCUACCGCAAAGCUUUCUGGUGUCUGUAUUUCUUGGGGAGGCAACGAGAUCUAGUCUCAAAUACAUCCAACCCGCAAAGAAAGAAAAUCCUCUCUCGCUGAACAUUUCGAAUAGACCUUCAACUUUGGUGUCUCUAAGACAACGUCGUGCAAGAUUGCACGAUCCGUCGUUAAAUCAGAUUAAUGAGGAGAAAGARGCGAGUUUUGUUACACCAGCUGCCAGGGUCGCAUCGAGCUCAAACUUUUCAUCAAUCAACGUCCCCGUGGAGUUACAARAUUCAACUAUUCAGAAGGAAAGAAGUCUUAAUGCUAUGGAUGACGACGAAGAAUACGAGCUCGGAGAUUGUUUGCUAGGACCGGCUGACGUCGCAAUUUUGUUGCAAGCAGGUUUGACAUCAGUCAUGAAGGGUUCUUCUGUAGUUCAACUCAAUCAAAGAAUGCUUUUGGAUUUGGUGACAAGUCAACCAAAAGGUUUCGCCGUGUCAGUACUUGCAGAAAUCGGAACUCCCGGCGGGCAAGGUUCGCCCAGACAACUAGCUUCAGGUAAGCAAUUCGAUUUUGUGUACAUGCUUCUCAUUAGUAUGAUCACACCAUAUUUGUACUGAUUCAUUUGUUUUUGCUUUCAAAUCAGCUUUGAUGGCAUUGCUAGAACUGGACCAGAGCUCUUUUACACCUCAACAUCAGUUAGACAUGAAGCUCUUGUUGGAAUCAUGGUUGCCUGGAAUGCGAGUUCCAAGGCGUGAAGAUUAUAUGGCUGGGGGACGAUGGGCAAGACAAUCUUACUAUGGAGCCAUUUUUUCACUCGCAAAAAAUAUCCUAGAAGAUGCAGAGUGCUACAUGGCUUUAAAUUCCCAUUUACAAAGGUAUCGCCAUCAUCUUGAGUCCGAUCCUAUUCCUUUGCCACAGGAGGAGCUUCAAAGUAUACAAAAUGAAACGAAUGGUGGAGACGGGGAUGAAUUGCAAUCAAAACUUAAAGAAGCA